UCUGUCCUGCACUCUUCGGGAUGACAGGACAGCGAGUCAACACAUCCGUUUGCUGAGAACAUGACAAAGUAGUCCGUUUACCAUCCAGCAUAGUUAGUCAAUGGCUAACUAUGAAAUACGAGCUGGCAACACAGGGGUAGUUUGUCGAAGGUAGGAACCGCCAAAAACCAAAUAGUUGUGUCGACUCGAGCUCUUCAAGCUAACUUUACGUUAGCAGCCCACCAUUAGCGAGCUAACGUCAACCAAGAAUAGGCGUUAAAGUUGACUUCGCUCGCUAAAGACUCUUCAGCGGGUAAAUGUGCCCCGACAGCUGAAGCGGAGCGGCACGUGUCGUGCGCAGACCGAACAGAAGUCGGCAAGUUUAACUCCGAGACCGAGAAUCAUGGCGUCGACGCGGUUCAGUCCGACAGCAUAUGCGGAGGAGCGGUUUUGACUCGGGGCUGUCAACAAGCUCGCUGACGUUCAGCUCAGCUCUCGAGCCGCCAUGGCUCGAGUCGAGAACGGCCGUCAGCCCGCGGACACGAGGAGCAUCCUGACGGUGAGCAGCAGCCAACUCGACGACGAGAGCUCCCUGGGGUCGGACUCCGAGAUCAACGGAUUCACCAUUGACAGACAAACCGACAAAUAUGGAUUCAUCGGAGGAGCACAGCAGCACACGGAGGCGUCGGCUCAAGAUUUACCCCCACAGGUGCUCAGGCAAAGGGAGGUGAAGUGGCUGGACAUGCUCAGCCACUGGGAUAAGUGGAUGAUCAAGAGAUUCAAUAAGGUGAGGCUCCGGUGCCAGAAAGGAAUCCCUCCUGCUCUCCGAGGCCGUGCAUGGCUCUACCUGUCGGGAGGGAAGGUGAAGAAGGAGCAGAACCAAGGGAAGUUUCAGGAGCUGGACAACCAGCCUGGAGACCCCAAAUGGGUCGAUGUGAUUGAGAAAGACCUCCAUCGACAGUUUCCCUUCCAUGAGAUGUUUGUGUCACGGGGAGGACACGGGCAGCAGGACCUGUUCCGUGUUCUGAAGGCCUACACUCUGUACAGACCAGAGGAGGGAUACUGCCAGGCUCAGGCUCCCAUCGCUGCUGUGCUGCUGAUGCACAUGCCUGCUGAGGAUGCCUUCUGGGGGCUGGUCCAAAUUUGUGAGAAGUACCUUCCUGGCUACUACAGUCCUGGUCUGGAAGCUAUCCAGUUGGAUGGAGAGAUCCUGUACGCUCUGCUGCGGCGUGUCUCCCCGCUCGCCUUCCGCCAUCUGGAGAAACACAAGAUUGACCCCAUCCUCUACAUGACUGAAUGGUUCAUGUGUGCCUUCUCCAGGACGCUGCCCUGGGCCUCUGUGCUGCGCGUCUGGGACAUGUUCCUCUGUGACGGAGUAAAGAUAAUCUUCCGUGUGGGUUUGGUGCUACUCAAGUGCAUGCUGGGAACCCGAGAGAAGCUGAAGGCCUGCCAGGGCCAGUAUGAAACCAUGGAGCUUCUCAGGGCCAUCGAGCCCCGAUACAUGCAGGAGGGCUUCCUGGUCCGAGAGAUUCUGGAGGUGCCGGUGACGGCGCGAGAUGUGGAAAGGGAGAAUCACACCCAGCUGACGCGCUGGAAGAAGAACCACGGAGAGCUGCAUUUCAAAUCCCCCCCGAGGAUGCACGGCGCUCGAGUCGUCCUGUUGGCCGAGCCGCCGAGACGCCAGGACCUGCUGCAGAACCCCACCAUUGUCCUCGUGGCGCCUCCUCCGCCCACCCCGCAGCUCAAGAAGGGCAAGGAGGAGAAGAGGAGCGUGAAGAAGAGGAGCGUGAAGAAGGCCCCGCCUGUCGUGGAGAUCCCUAAUCCUUACUCCCUUCCCAAUGACCCUCCACCUCCACCCUCAGAUCCACCAGCUCCUCCUCCGGGCGGCAACGAGACGGCGGAGGCCGCGCCACGGACUGAAACGGACCCGUCUCACCAGCGGCAGGCGCCUCCUCCAGACCGCCCCCCUGCCAAAGAGUCUCCUCUCCAGAGAUCCACACAAAGCCUGAGCAGCACAGAGCAGGACACGUACCUGUAGCUCGACAGCAGUGUGUGUGUGAGAGAGAGUGUGUGUGUGUGUGUGUGUGUGUGUGUGUGUGAACGAAGCACCAGCACCCUUCAGCCAACGGCCAGCAAGCCUUUCCAAGGUUUAUUAUUCUAAUGUUGGACUGUUUAGUAUUCAUUUAUUCCUUUUAGACACCAUUUUGCCUUUUACAUCACUGAUGCACUACAGCAUCGCGGCUGUGUGUCGAACGACUUUGAUGCUUACGCCAUGUCUUCAUGUCGAGCUGAUGUCGACGCUUAAUGCUCUUGUACCGACUUUAAGUGUUGGGUCUGCAGGAGAGACGUGUGGUUGACUUAUUGGGAGCAGUCAUUUCCUCACCGUGUGGUUUCAAGGUUAAAAUGGCACCUCAAGAACAAUGGCGUGCCACAGCUGAUGCAGAUUUUAUAUACAUUUCUGCUCAAAUUCAACACUAUUAAAUUAACUAGUCAUUAUGCAGCGGGAGAUGUAAAUUGUUCAACUUAAGCCAUGACAUGUCGUGAGGGGUUUUGUCCACUAGAGGGCAGCCGGGCCGAGGUUCCAGCUGUGGAUUCCCUGAUCACAGCCGGGAUGGGAUUCCUUUCAGGGUUCACUAACUUUGGGAGGUACAAUUCUGAGAUUGAGCUUCUGUUUUUUGUUCAUUUGUUUCCAAUCGGGGAAAUUGUGCAUUUCCUAUUUUUUUAUUCUUAAAUUUGAAUCGACCCAUGAGAUUGAGUUGGACCACGCUGCUCACGCGCCUCUUUUCUCUCUGACCCUCAUUUGUUUGAAGGACGGUUGAAUGGCGGGCGGUGUUUGUGCAUUCCCUGCUUGCGCACAAAAGGUCACUUUUUUUUUAAUGAUUCUGUUGAAUAUAUGUGAUUCAACUCUAAUGUUCACUGCGCCCGGCACUUCCAGACACUUUAGAGCAGCAGCGAUGGACGUGACUCUGGCAGAAGAGAGGAGCACACUAGACAUCAGUCCUCCCUGGACGACACAUUCCUGCCUGGUCAUCAGUCUGAAAGCUCUCUCUCUCUCUCUCUCUCUCUCUGUGUCUCUCUGUGUGUCUCUCUCUCUCUCUCUCUCUCUCUCUCUGUGUCUCUCUGUCUGUCUCUCUCUCUGUGUCUCUCUCUCUCUCUCUGUGUCUCUGUCUCUCUCUCUGUGUCUCUCUCUCUCUCUCUCUCUGUGUCUCUGUCUCUCUCUCUGUCUCUGUCUCUCUCUCCCCUCCCCCCUCCCCCCCCCCCCCCAAUGCAAUCCUGUAUCAUGUAUAGAUCUGUGCAUGUGUUUCCUGUGACGACAAGUGAGUGCAAAUCACCUUAUUGUGCUGACCUUCCUCUCGGCUUUGUUUAAAUAUCCCGUGAGAGCCAAGAAGAUCUCCCGUGUGGUCGGUCUGUUUUUGUCUCUUAUGCUAGACGUACCAAAGCAGAUCAAGACUGUAGUUUUGAGACGACCUACAACCGCCACCUGAGACAAGGCGUGCUCUGUUCGUACAGCCAAGAGGGAUCAAAUGAUUUCAAGAUCUUUGUAGCAUUUCUCUUUUAAAUAACCUGCCUCAUUUGGAAACAUCCCGGGGUGGUGAGGCUUUCUCUUUCAAAAACAUAUCGGACAAUCCUUUUUUGUGACGGUCCAAAUCUGUUUUUUUCUUCUUCUAACUUUCAUCACUGAUACAAAGUAAAGGGAGUUUUGACAAGCUUAAGCACACAUGUGUAAGAUGUGUUUUUGUAUACGAUUAAUAUAAAAAAAGGUCUUCUAAACAAUACAUGUGUUGGGUCAGUUUUAAAGAGCGUUGUGGUUUAAAGGGAUCAGACGUUUUCCAUCAGCCACUUUAGUUGCUUAUUUUACACAACUCACAUUUCGCUGAUAUAUUUUAAUUUAAUGCUCAUUGUGUAAAUACAACAUGUACAAUAAUUUGUUUUGUAAUUAAAUAUGUACCAAUGUAUAAUGCUA